GCAAACAAUGCGCUUACAGAGGCCCGAAGGGCCGACCCGGGUGUCAGGGUGUGACCGACGCCGCAGACCCGAUUUCGCGACCAAUCCAGUAAAGCCAAAAUGCAAUUGCAUCAAAUACAGUGGUAUUUGGGCACCCUACAAAGCCGAAGUCGCUCAUUUAAGCGAGUAUUUGAAUUUUACAGCUCUACCUCUUUCCACAGUUUGCACCCAAACACCGCAACGCAAGGGUCCUUGAGCGUAACAGUGCUGUUGCGAGCAGCAUCCUCCAUGGUCAGCCGCGAGGAUGUGGCUGCUGCUUUUAAAGCUGCUGCGGAGGCGUGCGGUGUGCGCGGGGAGGAGCUCGCCGAUUUGCUGGCCUUCCUGGGCUUCCAAAUGUCGAAAGAGGAACUCGCCUUCUUUCCAAUGGGCGCUGACCAUGAGACAAUCAUCAAGUUCGUGCGUUCUGGUUUCCGAAGCAAAGAAGAAGCCGCGGCUGCCCCGCCUCGCCGCGAGCUGUCAGCGCUCAGCGUGCUCACGGCGGUCACGAUAUCCGACCGGCCCUUGUGGCUGGCCGCGGCCUCCAACUGGCACCCGUUCGCGUUCACGUCCUCGUCUCCUCUGGGGUUGGUUGCUCCCAACUCCAAAGGGGAGGAGCCGGCGUUCUUUGGCUUCAGGCCCUGCGCCGCGCCCCCGGCCUGCAUUCCUUCAGAGCUGGUGUCGCCUGCACUGCGCCACAUCCCGGAAGCGGUGGCCGCGCCAUCGGAGCCAUCCACUUCCAUAGGCAACACCGACAGUAGUCGCAUGUAUGGGGCUGUGCUGGAGCUGUUGAAGCUGGGCAGUGCUCUGUACAGCAAUGAGGCGGAUCGGCAGGCGGCGUUCCUGCACUGGCAUGACCGGGUGUUCCCGGAGCUGGGCGAGAUCAGGCUGCCGCAGCCGUCUGCCCAGCAGCUGCCGGCAAAUGUCAUGCAGCACGGGGGCAUGCUGACGUAUCGCGGCCGUGAGCAGCAAGUGUUCGCUGUGGUAUUGCUGGAGUGCGAGCACGAUGUGGGCUCGGCGCAGCCGCUCGUGCAGGCGCUGAGGUACUACCAGAUGCACUACGAGGAUGGCAAGCGCUGGGCGAACGACCUGGUUUGCCGUGCGCACCCGCUGCCGGCGCUGCUGCUGUUGCUGGAGGGGCCGCGCCUAUCCAUCCACGCGGCGUGGACCAUCUAUCAGAACCGGGUUGGGUACGCGCCGCUCACGCCGAGCUACUACCUUGCCAACGCGGCCCACGACAGCGCCAGCCUGUGGAAGCUGACGGCGGUGCUGGCGGCGUACGAGCGGACGGUGCAGGAGCUUCUCGCGGAGUACGCUUCACACGCGGAGCUGGGGGCCGGGGAGCUGGAGCGCGCGGCGGCCCUGCGCACGAACGCAAACACCGUACUGGUCGUGCCCCCCGAAGGUGGGCAACCGCAGGUGGCGGCGCGGCCGAGCACGCUGCCGUACUGCUUGCUGGACCCGCCCCUGGGCCUAUAUGCCAUCGCCUACCACGGCGUCGCGCAACAUAACGCGCUGCUCUACGAGGCGCGGCAGCGGCUGCAGCAGCAGCAGCAGCAGCUGGAGGGCGGCGGCGGUGGUGAUGGUGGUGGUGGUGGUGGUGGUGGUGGUGGCGGAUGCGGCGAGGAUCGCCACGUGCUGGUCAAGUUUGUGGAGGGGCGAUACGGAGGCCAGGUGCACGAGGCGUGGCACCGCGCCGGCGUGGCCCCCGCCCUGUACCACUGGCACCUCCUGCCCGGCCGCUCCCGCUACCACAUGGUGGUCAUGCAGCGGCUGCGCCGGGAGGACGGCUGGAUGCCGCUGGCGGAGGCGCUGGCCGCCUGCGACGGCGGCGGCGGGAGCAGUGCUGGAAGCGCAGCAGCAGGCGGCGGCGGCGCCGGCCGGGAGGCCAUCCGGCAGGCAGUCCGCGCUGCGCUGCAGGUUGCGCACGCGGCGCCGCUCGCUCGCUCGGCUGCAGCAGAGCUGCUCGCCCAGCCGUGGGGCCUGCAGGGCGGCAGCGCAGGCGCCUUCAUCAGCAGCAGUGUUGGCGACCCAAGUCAGCCGGGUGCCGGCGGUGCAGGUAGCGGCGGCACUGCGCGUGGGCGCAAGACCGUGCACGGCGACAUGCGCCGCCCCAACAUCAUGGUGCGAUGGCUCAACGACGACGUGCACCCCACCGCCGGCGCGGCUGGCUGCAGCUCCAGCACAGGCGCCCAGGCCCAAUCCGACCUCGCCGCUGGGAGCAGCCGUGACGCGCAAGUCGCUGGUGGUGGUGGUGGCUGCAGUGAAGGCGGGGCGGCGGCGGCGGCGGCGCAGGUGCAGGUGCACUUCAUCGACUUUGAUUGGGCGGGCAUUGAGGGUGACGAGACCUGCCGCUACCCGCUGCUGCUGUCGCCGCACAUUGUGUGGCCAGCGGGCGUGGUGCCCGGCGGCGAGAUGCGGCAGCAGCACGACACAGACAUGCUGGAGAUGGAGCUGCAGCGCACACGUUGAUUGCUUAUUCAGGGUGUGAUACGGGCUUUGUAGAGUGCGGUAGUUGUUGUGUGUGUGUAGGCGCUGAGUAGCUGGUGCGUUCAUGGUCGUUUCUGUUCCAUGUUGGCACAUGAUGCUGGUACGUUCAUGGUCGUUUCUGUUCCAUGUUGGCGUAUGCUCAUGUGCCAACAUGGAACAGAAACGAC